GCCCCGUGCCCCGGCGCCGCGCGGAGCUCCUGACCGCGGCUGUCGCUCCCGGGACGGCGACCGGGGAAGAUGGCGAACGAUUCGCCCGCCAAGAGCCUGGUGGACAUCGACCUCUCGUCCCUGCGGGACCCUGCUGGGAUUUUUGAGCUGGUGGAAGUGGUUGGAAAUGGCACCUAUGGACAAGUCUAUAAGGGUCGACAUGUUAAAACAGGUCAGCUGGCGGCCAUCAAGGUUAUGGAUGUCACCGAGGAUGAAGAGGAAGAAAUCAAACUGGAGAUAAAUAUGCUGAAGAAAUAUUCUCAUCAUAGGAAUAUUGCAACAUACUAUGGUGCUUUCAUUAAAAAGAGCCCUCCAGGACAUGAUGACCAACUCUGGCUUGUUAUGGAGUUUUGUGGAGCUGGGUCCAUCACAGACCUUGUGAAGAACACCAAAGGGAACACACUCAAAGAAGACUGGAUUGCUUACAUCUCCAGAGAAAUCCUCAGGGGACUGGCACAUCUCCAUAUUCACCACGUUAUUCACCGAGAUAUCAAGGGACAGAAUGUGCUGCUGACAGAGAAUGCAGAGGUGAAACUUGUUGAUUUUGGUGUGAGUGCCCAGCUGGACAGGACGGUUGGACGGAGAAAUACAUUCAUAGGCACACCCUACUGGAUGGCUCCCGAGGUCAUUGCCUGUGAUGAGAACCCAGAUGCCACCUAUGACUACAGAAGCGACCUGUGGUCUUGUGGCAUCACAGCCAUCGAGAUGGCGGAAGGCGCCCCCCCUCUUUGUGACAUGCAUCCAAUGAGAGCACUGUUUCUCAUCCCCAGAAACCCUCCUCCCAGGCUGAAGUCAAAAAAAUGGUCAAAGAAGUUUUUCAGCUUUAUAGAAGGCUGCCUGGUGAAGAAUUAUAUGCAGCGGCCCUCUACAGAGCAGCUUUUGAAACACCCUUUCAUAAGGGAUCAGCCUAAUGAAAGGCAGGUUCGAAUCCAGCUGAAGGAUCAUAUAGACCGGACCAGAAAGAAGAGAGGGGAGAAAGAUGAAACUGAGUAUGAGUACAGUGGGAGCGAGGAGGAAGAAGAGGAAGUGCCUGAACAGGAAGGAGAGCCAAGUUCCAUCGUCAAUGUGCCUGGAGAGUCGACUCUGCGACGGGAUUUCCUGAGGCUGCAGCAGGAGAACAAGGAGCGUUCUGAGGCUCUGCGGAGACAGCAGCUUCUGCAGGAGCAACAGCUCCGGGAGCAGGAGGAGUAUAAGAGGCAGCUGCUGGCGGAGAGACAGAAACGGAUUGAACAGCAGAAAGAACAGAGGCGGCGGCUGGAAGAGCAACAAAGACGAGAGCGGGAAGCCCGGAGGCAGCAGGAGCGGGAGCAGCGACGGCGCGAGCAGGAGGAGAAGAGGCGUCUGGAGGAGCUGGAGAGAAGGCGGAAAGAAGAAGAGGAGAGGAGAAGGGCAGAGGAGGAGAAGAGGCGAGUGGAACGGGAGCAGGAGUACAUCAGGCGGCAGCUGGAGGAGGAGCAGCGGCACCUGGAGAUCCUGCAGCAGCAGCUGCUCCAGGAGCAGGCCAUGUUACUGGAGUGCCGAUGGCGGGAGAUGGAGGAGCACCGGCAGGCAGAGAGGCUCCAGAGGCAGUUGCAACAAGAACAAGCAUAUCUCCUGUCUCUACAGCACGACCACAGGAGGCCGCACCCGCAGCCGCCGCCGCCGCCGCAGCAGCCGCAGCAGGACAGGAGCAAGCCAAGCUAUCAUGCUCCAGAGCCCAAGCCUCACUACGACCCUGCUGACAGAGCUCGGGAGGUGGACGAUAGAUUUAGAAAGACUAACCACAGCUCCCCUGAGGCCCAGUCUAAGCAAACAGGCAGAGGAUUGGAGCCACCGGUGCCUUCCCGAUCAGAAUCUUUUUCCAAUGGCAACUCCGAGUCUGUGCACCCUGCCCUGCAGAGACCAGCGGAGCCACAGGUACAGUGGUCCCACCUGGCAUCUCUCAAGAACAAUGUUUCCCCUGUCUCGAGAUCCCAUUCCUUCAGUGACCCUUCUCCUCCCAAAUUCGCACACCACCAUCUUCGUUCUCAGGACCCAUGUCCACCUUCCCGCAGUGAGGUGCUCAGUCAAAGCUCUGACUCUAAGUCGGAGGUACCUGACCCCACCCAAAAGGCUUGGUCUAGAUCAGACAGUGACGAGGUGCCUCCAAGGGUUCCUGUGAGAACAACAUCUCGUUCCCCUGUCUUAUCCCGUCGGGAUUCCCCACUGCAGGGCAGUGGACAGCAAAAUAGCCAAGCAGGACAAAGAAACUCCACCAGCAGUAUUGAGCCCCGUCUCCUGUGGGAGAGAGUGGAGAAGCUGGUCCCCAGGCCAGGCAGUGGCAGCUCCUCAGGGUCCAGCAACUCAGGAUCCCAGCCUGGCUCCCAUCCUGGGUCUCAGAGCGGCUCUGGUGAACGCUUCAGAGUGAGAUCAUCAUCCAAGUCUGAAGGCUCUCCAUCUCAGCGCCUUGAAAAUGUAGCCAAAAAACCUGAAGAUAAAAAAGAAGUAUUUCGACCUCUCAAGCCUGCUGACUUGACUGCAUUGGCCAAAGAGCUUCGAGCAGUGGAGGAUGUACGGCCACCUCACAAAGUGACAGACUACUCCUCCUCCAGUGAAGAGUCUGGGACCACAGAUGAGGAGGAGGAGGACGUGGAGCAGGAGGGAGCUGAUGAUUCCACCUCGGGACCAGAGGACACCAGAGCAGCGUCAUCUCUGAAUCUGAGCAAUGGUGAAACAGAAUCUGUGAAAACUAUGAUUGUUCAUGAUGAUGUCGAAAGUGAGCCAGCCAUGACCCCAUCCAAGGAGGGCACCCUGAUUGUCCGCCAGAGUACAGUUGACCAAAAGCGUGCCAGCCAUCAUGAGAGCAAUGGCUUUGCGGGGCGCAUUCACCUCUUGCCAGAUCUCUUACAGCAAAGCCAUUCCUCCUCCACUUCCUCCACCUCUUCCUCCCCAUCCUCCAGCCAGCCGACACCCACCAUGUCCCCACAGACACCCCAGGACAAGCUCACUGCUAAUGAGACUCAAUCCGCUAGUAGCACACUCCAGAAACACAAAUCUUCCUCCUCCUUUACACCUUUUAUAGACCCCAGGUUACUACAGAUUUCUCCAUCUAGUGGAACAACAGUUACUUCCGUGGUGGGAUUUUCCUGUGAUGGAAUGAGACCAGAAGCCAUAAGGCAAGACCCUACCCGGAAAGGCUCAGUGGUCAAUGUGAACCCCACAAACACUAGGCCACAGAGCGAUACCCCCGAGAUUCGUAAAUACAAGAAGAGGUUUAACUCGGAGAUUCUGUGUGCUGCCUUAUGGGGAGUGAAUUUGCUAGUCGGCACAGAGAGUGGUCUGAUGCUCUUGGACAGAAGUGGCCAAGGGAAAGUGUAUCCUCUGAUCAACAGAAGACGGUUCCAGCAAAUGGAUGUUCUCGAGGGCCUAAAUGUCCUGGUGACAAUAUCUGGCAAAAAGGAUAAGUUACGUGUCUACUAUUUAUCCUGGUUAAGAAAUAAAAUCCUUCAUAAUGAUCCAGAAGUUGAGAAGAAGCAAGGGUGGACCACUGUGGGCGAUUUGGAAGGAUGUGUACACUAUAAAGUUGUAAAAUAUGAAAGAAUCAAAUUUCUGGUGAUUGCUUUGAAGAGUUCUGUGGAAGUCUAUGCGUGGGCACCAAAGCCAUAUCACAAAUUUAUGGCCUUUAAGUCAUUUGGAGAACUGGUACAUAAGCCAUUACUGGUGGAUCUCACUGUUGAGGAAGGCCAGAGGUUGAAAGUGAUCUAUGGAUCCUGUGCUGGAUUCCAUGCUGUUGAUGUGGAUUCAGGCUCAGUCUAUGACAUUUAUCUACCAACACACAUUCAGUGUAGCAUCAAACCCCAUGCAAUCAUUAUUCUCCCCAACACGGACGGAAUGGAGCUUCUGGUGUGCUAUGAAGACGAGGGGGUUUAUGUAAACACGUAUGGAAGGAUAACCAAGGACGUGGUUCUGCAGUGGGGAGAGAUGCCGACAUCUGUAGCAUAUAUCCGAUCGAAUCAGACAAUGGGCUGGGGAGAGAAGGCGAUAGAGAUACGAUCUGUGGAAACUGGUCACUUGGAUGGUGUAUUUAUGCACAAAAGGGCUCAAAGACUAAAAUUCUUAUGUGAACGCAAUGACAAGGUGUUCUUUGCCUCCGUUCGGUCUGGUGGCAGCAGUCAGGUAUAUUUCAUGACCUUAGGCAGGACUUCUCUUCUGAGCUGGUAGAGGCAGUGUGAGCUGGGAUCACUGACCCCCGGAGCCGUCAAGACCCUGAGAACUUGGAAUUCCUUGCAACUGGAGCUCAGAGCUGCGAGGGUGCGGCCAGGACAGCUGUCUCUGCAGGCCUCUUGCGUGUUGGGUCCUCUCCCCUCCUUCCUACACUUCUUGCCAGUUUCUUCCCAUUCUCUCCUUUUCCUUCCUCAAAAAUAAAUCAAGGCUGCUGCAUUGCAGCUGGUGCUGUUAGACUA